AUGCAUUCCAUGGCUACUCGGCUGGCCUUAACGGCAACGUUCACCCUUGCUCUGGCAUCGCUGGCGACCGCGCUUCCACAUGGCGACGAUGAUUCAAUGGAUAUGGGACACAUGGAUAUGGAUAUGAACGCGGGACACAAUGCAUCGCAACCCACAGCCACGGCAGGGUCUGUGGCCGCUGAUGGUCCGAUGAGCUAUUUUGCUUAUAGCAAGCACUCUAGUGCUCUCAUAGCUCACGUUGCGCUUAUGGUUUUGGGAUGGUGUUUUGUUCUUCCUGUCGCUGUCAUGUUGAGUAUUGCGCGCUCUUGGCUCGCGAUUCCGUCGCAAUUCGCUUUCCUCGCUUUCAACGCCUUCGGAGUCCUCCUCGGAGUUGUCUACAACAGCCAGACGCCGGAUCUCUACCCGAACAAUGCGCACCACAAGAUUGGCUGGAUCGCGACGUGUGUGGUCGGCGCGCAGGUUGUUCUGUCUUUGCUGUUUGCUUUCGCCGGUCGUGGGAAGUCAACUGCGCUCUCUUAUGACCAUGCGAAAUUCUUCCCUGUCGCGACGGAUGAUCAUGAUAAUGAGCACACUUACCUCAAUGGGUCGCAUGAACGUCGCUGGUCCGGCGAUAGUGGCCAGGGUACCGAGAGUAAUGGGUCUGUCAGGGGCCCAUACUCACCCUCCUGUGAAUCGCCUGCCGAGUACGACGGAUUUGAGAAGCCCGAAGAAGUCCCUACACAUGCCAGUGCUCCACGCGGCUGGAUUCAUAACACAGGCGUCGGUCGUUUCUUGUCCAAGCGUGUCCCUGGUCUGAUGCCCAGCCGGGUUCUGCGCAUCCUGAAUGUGGUGUACAAUAUCGUCGACCGUAUCAUCCUUCCAUUUGGAUUUGUUGCAAUCGCGACUGGCGCUGUGACUUACGGUGGCAUUAUGCGGGGCAGAGAGAUCUUCAAUGGAUUGGCGCACUUCAUCAAGGGUGGUAUCUUCUUCUGGUACGGUGUUCUCACUCUUGGCCGGUAUGUCGGGUGCUGGGCAGACCUUGGCUGGGCCUGGAAUAAGAAGCCGCCUGCGUCUGUCGUCGGUGGCUGGAAAUCGAAGGUUCCAUCCGGCGAAGCUACCGAGUCGUUCGUUAUCUUCCUAUAUGGUGCAUCAAAUGUGUUCUUGGAGCACCUCGCCUCUGCAGGUGGCGCAUGGUCUGCCACAGACCUCGAGCAUGUUUCGAUCACAAUUCUGUUCUUUGGCGGCGGUAUGGCCGGUAUGCUUUUCGAAUCCACUCGCAUCCGUGACUGGCUCAACAGCACCAUCCUCCAAAGCCCAGCCCAUCACUCUGAUGAAGUCUGGCAGCGCCCAGAGACACAGGAUGUGUCGUUGAACCCAAUGCCAGCUUUGGUCAUCAUGUUACUCGGCAUGAUGAUGGGGUCGCACCACCAGACCAGCAUGACUUCAACCAUGGUACACAAGCAGUGGGGUAACAUGCUGGUUGGCUUUGCCCUGGCUCGCGGCUUAACAUACGUUCUGUUGUUCCUCAGGCCGCCAACCUCGUACCUCCCAGCUCGACCCCCAACAGAGAUCGUUGCGGCAUUCUGUUUGAUCUCGGGAGGUCUUAUCUUCAUGUUGAGUACCCGCAAUGUGAUUGAAGCUAUGGAGUAUUACGAAGUCGACGCCAUGUUCACCUUCACCGUCGGUCUAGGCCUUAGUGCUUUCAUUAUGGCCUAUGAGAUCUUGACCAUCGCCAUCAAGGCCUGGGCUGUGAAGCGUGCCCAGCGUGCCCGCCCCAACCUCCGCUUCGAGUGA